AUGACUCAGGAGACUGCCAUAAUUUCUUAUACUUCUAUUUUUAGUCUCGAGGAGACUGAUGAAAUAAAAAAAUAUCGUUAUUUUUGGUGGAAAACUGGUAACAUACACCCAAAGGCCAGGUGGGAAGAAGCUAAUAAGAAUUUCACCUGCAUUAGAAAAAAAGCCUUUCAGCUGGAACUGAACUUGCAGGAAUAG